AUGUUCGAACAACAGGAAUCCACUGAUAUCAUCCAUGAAGAUACCAUGCCCGAUCGGCUUGUCCUCUUCUUCAAAGCCUUAAAGGUCACUCACUUGGUGGUUGAGAGAAAUCUCUUCCGAAAGAGUUUACUCCCAGACAAACGCAGCAGUAGCAGCAGUAUCAACCAUAUCAUCCAAAAAACUACUCACGACAACAACAACAAUACUACCACCACCACCACAGUAUACACACCACCCUCUGAGUUUGAAUCCGAUUUUCAUUUUCGUUAUUUCACGAGUAAUGAAUCGUUUGUGGAGUGGACCAAAACUGCCGUUUUGAAUCCCUUGUUACUGAAAUGCUCAGAUUCGGAGACUCAUCGUCUAACAUCCACUCAAACCCUCAUGCAAGUGCUCAAAGGAAAAACUUUACCUAACCAUUCACGAAAAGGAGAGCUCAUUUCCGAAGUAUUGUUCUGCCUCGAAUUGCUGAGCUUGUUUUGGAUUCGGAACACCAAUGAUGAUACCAACGAGGAUAAAGAGGAUCAUGAUUUUGUUGCAAUGAUGAUGCCACUGGCUAAUCGAGCCUUAUCCUUCUCGAGCGUGCCCUAUUGCCGAGCUGCUCAAGAAAUACAACAAUCAUUGCCCUCUCAUAUCGGAGAAUUGUACAGAUUUCUCUGCAUCUUCUUUGAACCCUUAGAAGAGUUGAUACCAAACACAUGUAGUGAUGGUGGUGUUUGUGAAACAGAUGGAACGAACGAACGAAUCCAACCACUUUUUUGUGAGAUGAUGAUUUGGAGCUUUUUAUAUUCUCAUCAUGAUGAAUUUCAACGAAUCGCGUUGCAACAAGAAGAAGAGACACCACUUUUGGAGAGACCACGCUACAAACAACAUGUGGUCACCUCUUGUUCGAGUGAAUUAUUAAGGUGUUUCAAUAAGAUUAUCGAUUCUAGCGAAGAGAGAGCACACUUCUUCACUCUUCUUCUUUCCGUUCCGUUUCUUGCGGGUGAAUAUUUCGACAAUAGCACCAGUAACCACAAGAACAACAUGAACACCAACAAUGAGCUGCAUCAGGAAAAAGAGUCAACACAUAAAUCCAAACCACCACAAGAAUGGAAAGAGAUUCUUCAAGAGUUGUUGCACAUUCCAAUGCAAGAAUUGGACCUUCACGAAAAGAAAACCAUUUUGAAAAGCAUGGUGAAUCAUUUGUAUCGUGAAUUAUUUCAAUGGUUUCAAAUGAAAGUGAAUGACCAUCUUGUGCGAGUGUUGCAGUCUGUGAGAGGCGGAUACGAUGAAACUCAAGGAAUUCCUCCCGAAUUGUUAUUAGAAAAUCAAUAUCUACUCAUUGAACUGGCCCAUAGUGAACAAGCACAUGAUCAUCCAUCUGAUAGAACUCCCUCCUUAACGACAUUGCAAUGCCCUAAAGGCACUAACACUUCCUGCAUUCAUGUGAAUCAUCUUGAAAAGUUUCAAAAAUUUAGAGAAAAACGAAAACGACCACUCAGAUCCAUGACGAGCCACCAUCUCAAGAAUCUCACAGACACGAGCUCAACCAAUAACAAAUUGGAUAUCAUUACUAUACGCAUGUAUGAAAAGAUUAAGCAGUGGUUGGAAUCAAAAUUUGGUAACUAUUCCACAUUCAUUAACGAUUCUGCGUACAUGACACUCUUUGAGAAACCUGCUCUAUCCUAUGCUUUUUGUCUCAACUCGAGCACUCCCAACGAUAAAGAAUUUGAGAGGAGAAUUGUAAAAUAUUUACCUGAGAUUAUGGAAUUUAAGAAACAAAUUCUAUCAGUCAUGUCAGAUGUAAAAUUGGACGUUCAUGUUCUUGAUAAGACCAUGAUGAGUGAGAGCAUGGAUCACACCACCAACGAUGAUGUUUUAAAUGAUGCUGGUACUUCACAUCAAAAAAUACAUGAACUCUCAAAUGUAAACACUACUCUAGAGAUGACAACAUCACCAGAAAUUGUUAUUACAAAUAUUCCCAUUCCAGAUCCAGUCUCUCCUCCUGAAAGCAAAAAGAAAAUUUUUAAAAUUAAAAAGACAAAACAAAGAGAACAGAAGGAACUUGAGCUCCUAAGGGAAGAAGUCGAGGAGUUGGAAAAGGAACUAUUCGAAAGAAAAGAAAUCAUGAAAAAAAUUGAAAAAUUGAAACGUGAGAAGAGUAUGGAUGACAGAAAUACGUUGACACAACAAGUCAAAUUGAAAGAUUUGUCAGUACUCGAGAAGACCAUCGUAAAGGCAAGAUCUUGCCUUGCACUAUGCAAUAUAUACCAUUGUGAUUGGUAUCGAGAUAAAAUUGUGGAAUACCUAGAUCAAUUGAGAACAAUAGUCGAAACAUGUGAAAAUCCUUCUUCUUUGAAAGGAGAUAAUAUCGUAUUGAAGCAAUUACAGGAACAUCUUGAUGAGCAUUCCUACUAUAUUGGAUUUCAAUUGCCAUCAUUAUUUUCCUCUUUGCAAGAAAAUGACUCUCUGAAUGGGUCUUCAAUCAAUUGUUCUAACUUUAAGGGAUUUCAAAGAUUAUACAAAUAUAUGGAUAUAAUCGAAAGGCAUGUGGAUAUGAUUCCAUUGUCUCCUCUCAAUGUAGCAGAGUGUUUAAAGCUUUGCACACGGAAGCUCCAAUCGGAUUUGGAAAUUCUGACACAAGUGAGACAUUUUCGUUCAAUUACCUUGUAUAACAAUCAUGAAAUUGGAUGUCGUGUUGUGAAGUGCAUUGAACUUUUGAGCCUGAAAUCUCCAUAUGGAACUCUUGUGUCAGUAUUAUUGAACGAAUUUCAUACGAUUCAUGUUGCAAGUGAAUUGUUGAGAUUGUCUUUGAAACAUUUUCAAGCGUUUAAAGAUUAUGUAUAUGCUUUACUUCGUAUGAUUCAUUUACUUGUGGAGAAAUGUAGUGACAAACCAUUGGAUGGAAACGAAAAUAAUUCCAUGUCAGCACAAAAUGAUAACAAUUUUGCGAAAUUAGACUUUAAUCAAGAAUCUCAAGACAGGACAGAACUGGACUUGAUUACCUCUUCUCUUUCCAAUGCAUCAUUCACCUUUAGCUUAAUAUUUGCAUUUAACAUGUCCUAUUCUGAACUCAAUUGGAACGAGAGUACAGUGUUUGAUAUUCUGAACAUGACACGUGACUGUCAUGCGGAUUCAGUGGAGAAUGCUCAUGUGGCUCUCAAUAUUCCUAUUGCUCGUACUUCCCUUCGUUUAUUGAGACUUCUGCUUCACAACAAUUAUAUCUCGCAUAUUUUGAAUUCUUGCAAUAGAAUUGAACGAUUAUUACCAGAAAAUUUAAUACAAGCUCUCAGAACAUGUAAUGACAUUGAAUUGCAAAAUGAAGUAAUUCAGUUGAUAGAUUUAGGAGCUCGAAGAAUCGCCUACAAGAACAGCGUAUCACAAGACAUGACCAUGUGCGACUUGCCAAUUGCUGAAGACGCUUCCCAAUUCAAUGAGCAAGUACUUGGUGAAAUUGUCAAUCAAAAGAAUUGCUUCACCUUGUUCAAUUAUAGAGAUAUGUUUUUGGAUGGCAAUACACCACAAAUUCUCCUUCUCAUUCUUCAUAACCAUAUCAUGCAUUACGUGGAUGGAAAUUUUGGAGAUGAUUUUGCACACAAGACAAUGGUUUGCCUGCUGACACGAUCGAUUGGUAAAGCUUUAUAUGCUUUGUUGACAGAACAUUCGUGUGAUGCCACUACCAUAUUAAGCCUGAUUGAGAAUGGAGGACUUCAUGAGAACAACCACAACAACAGCAGCAGUACAUGCUGUUUGAGCACUGCGUCCACGUCGUUUAAGCAACGACCAAGUGUAGACCGAAUGUCACUCAACCAAUCCUUUGCAUCGAGUUUAUCAGAAAAUGGUAUGAAGAGAGAAAUUUAUAGCUGUUUGUUUUACAUACUACUUGAGGCAUUAUUAAUGGAGAGAAAAUUAUCAUUUGAUGACGGCAAUGAUCCUACCGAAACAAGCGAUGAAAAUCAACAAAAACUUUUAACCGAAUCUCCACCAUUGUGCGAGUGUGAAUUAUUCAAAGCGGCAUGGGAGACACUGAUGAAUUUAAUGAGAAUAUCUGGAGAUUUCAGAAGAUGUGUUGAUCGACAAUUUGCAUCCAUUGCAUAUCUACGAGAUUUAUCGUUUUUACAGCUCUUAUUGGGAACCUUUAAUCGUUCACAAAUUCGAUUCUGCAUGACAACGGAGGGUGUGACAGCAACAAGUAGUUGUAGCAGUAAUGAUGAAUCGUUGGUAAACAACUUUGAAAAGCAAGAUCAACUUCUAAAAAGAGAAUUGGAGAAAUAUGGACCAGAUGUCUUGCGUGACUUACAUUUGCGUAGCCGUAAUUCCGACGACGGCAAGCCAUUGACUCGUAUUUUAGAAUGUACUCCGUAUGAGUUGGCAAAAGAGAUUUUACUUUGUAAGAGAAUCCACACACGAUAUGAAUUUGAUACAAGUACCAACAUCUCCAAGAUUAAUCAUGAUUCCACUCAAUCUUGUGGACCCUCUCUGAUUGAAGCACUCUGUGAAAAGUAUACAAGUGUUUUCUUUUCACACUACGCUGAACAGGGUGUCUUUGAAUGGAAUGAAGUAUUUUCAAGUGUAUUGGAACAUUCUCAACAACACGAUGAAGAGUUGAUGCAUUUGCAACAUUCACCACGCAUGAUGAGUCCAAAAAGAUCCAAUGAGAACUUGUUUGUAGCGCAAUCACCCACACGCACAACGUCUUUAUUCAAAACAAGCCCUCAAUCACCACCUCUGUCACCACAACAACAGCAGCCAUCCAAACAACUCUCACACAGUCCAUCCAUGCCUUCAUUGCCAGGUAUUUCUCCAAUCAAGAAGACUAGGAUGAUGUCAACUCAAUUUCCUUCCUCUCCCUCCCUUAGCAACAACCCCCCAACGUCUUUGCCUGAUCAGCCACACUCUCACAUGAAACCCAAAAAGUUAUUCCUUUGA